AUGCCGAAAGCCACAUCGGGCAGCCCUGCCCGCCAUGCUAUGCGCCACAACCCGCUCGCCGAAGAGUAUGCGCCCUCCAACCCGCUGAAGCAAAAGGCCGGCAAGAGAAAGAACACGCGCUCCGAAAAUGCGGACGAACAGGGCUACGUCGACUCCAAGGCGUCGCGGAAAAUCCUGAAGAUUGGUCAAGACCUGGCGGAGGAAGAGGAGGCCGAGCUGGAGUCCCGCCGUCCCAAGCAGGCAAACCCAGCAUUCAAUUUUGAGACGCGCCUGCAGGAUGGUCCCGAAUCGGACGAGGACGAGGUCGCAUACGGAGAAGAUGACGAGGCAUGGGGUGACGAAGACGACGAGGAGAUCACUGAGGAGAUUGAGAUUGACCCGAACGAUCUUGAGCUGUUCAACAAGUUUAACCCCACUUCGGAUCCUUCACAUUUAUUCAUCCCUGGUGCGUCAGAGGAACAGUCCGGAGGUACCAAUUUGGCAGCUUUGAUUCUGGAGAAAAUUGCCGAGAAAGAGGCCCAGGAUGCUGCCAACAACGGCGAUGGCCCCCGCUUCGUUGGUGGUGGCGAUCCCGAAGACGCUGUCGAGCUUCCUGCUCGCGUCGUGGAGGUUUACACUCAAGUCGGCCUCAUUCUUUCUCGCUGGAAGUCUGGCAAGCUGCCCAAGCCCUUCAAGAUCCUCCCCACGCUUCCUGAGUGGGAGACGCUGAUUUCUAUAACCCGCCCUGAAUCGUGGACUCCCAACGUGUGCUACGAGGCCACCAAGCUUUUCGUCUCUUCGCAACCCCACACCGUCCAGACAUUCCUUAACACCAUCCUGCUCGAACGUGUACGCUCCGACAUCCACGACUCGCCCCAGAAGAAGCUCAACGUGCACUUGUACAAGGCUCUCAAGAAGGCUCUGUAUAAGCCCGCCGCCUUCUUCAAGGGUGUUCUUUUCCCGCUCGUGGCCGAUGGCGACUGCACCUUGCGCGAGGCACACAUUGUCGGCAGUGUCUUGGCCAGGGUUUCCAUUCCCGUCCUUCACUCGGCUGCUGCCCUGCACAGACUUUGCGAAAUAGCCGCGGAGCAGAUGUCGGUCAACACGUUCAACGGCGGUGCCACCAACAUCUUUAUUCGCGUUCUUCUUGAGAAGAAGUAUGCUCUUCCCUACAAGGUCAUCGAUGCUUUGGUUUUCCACUUCCUCAGGUUCAAAAACGCCAACUUCUCGACCGACGGUACCAUGGAGUUGGUAUCUGAAGGAAACGUUGUCGAACAGAGGGGAGGAGAGGGAAGACUACCUGUUCUUUGGCACCAGUGUCUUCUCGCUUUCGCGCAACGCUACAGGAACGACAUUACUGAAGACCAAAGAGAAGCAUUACUCGACCUGUUGCUUGUCAGAGGGCACAGGGCAAUUGGCCCCGAAGUGAGACGAGAGCUUCUGGAGGGUCGCGGUAGGGGAGUGCCGGUGGAGCCAGAGGCUGGAAACGGAGGUGAUGAUACCAUGAUGAUCGUUGACUGA